UUGGAGGCAGUUUGGAUUUGGUGCCGAAGCACGGCAGGGGACUGCCUCAGUCCGGAAACGAAAGACCUCGUGAUUGCAAUAAGGAAUUCGGCGCUGUUACUCCCGGACUGCGAAGGGUCUGGCGGGUUACGUUGAGGGCGCCUCCAAUCUUUGCGGAAGAAAUGACUGGAAAGAGCCGUAGCCUGGCGCUUGGCCUGUUCCGGGGGGGCUGAGGCGCCCAAAAACAGCUACACCGCCUGAUCGCCAGCAGCUCGGGCGGAAGCUCGGGCCAGCGGGAGAGGGCAGCGCGGCGGAUACCUCUGGAGUAUGCGGUGCGGAGGGAGCUGGCGCACGACCCGUAAGCGGCAAUAGGAAUAGCGAGCGGGACGUGGAGAGAGCGGGUUUUGAAAGCUUCAGCGAAGCUUAAAGCUAAAGAUUAUUAGAGGCUGGAAGGAAGGGCGUAGUAAUAACGGAGAUCCAGGAGCGCUAGAAUCGGUGGGGAGAACUGCGAGGGCCAAGCUUAUCUCCCCGCUGCAAGAAGCAGGAAUUCAGUAACCCCGCAUUUGCCCAGGUGGGUCGGUGAAGUUUGGCCUGCUACCGCUCGUCGGUCUUUUCCCCGGCCCUAUGUGGUCGGUAGCCGCUCCGGACACCCCGAAAUGAAGGGAGCGGUGGAGCUCCGGCAGGUCUCGGACUGGAGCGACUUCGUUCGAGGCCGCUGCCUGCGGGAACUGCUGAAUCGGCGCCGUCCGGGUGAGCCUCCAAGCCGCAUUGUAACCAGCCCUGACAAGCAGCAUCUUCUUCUCCUGUGGAACCAGCCGGCCUCCCAGGCUCGUGUGGUGGCUUUCCAGCGCCUGGGGCUUGAUGGAGGGGACCUGGAGAGGACCUGGAAGCCCCCUCAGACCCCCGUGGUGGAACUGCUUUUCCUGGAAAGCCCUGCCACAAGUGUCUCCUGGGUGUUGGCAAUCAUUUGGGAGCAAGGCAAGACCGAAGUCUGGCGCUUUGUGCCCACGGCAGGAUGGCACCUGCUGCAGACCCUGGAACUGUGCCAUGGAGCCCGUGCUCGGAUUGUCUCUGUUUGCAGCUUGGGGGAGCAGCUUGUGUGGUGUGAAGAGAGGCCUCCUUUGGAUGCCCAGCCAACUCCUGAGAGAAGAGCCUUCCAAUACUGUAUUUGCAUUCGAGGCCUUCAGGUUGGAGAGCAGGGAGUCCAGCUGAGCCCUCUCCGGGUUGUCUUGCACAAUAGCCCUGUUUACCAAGUCUUGGCCAAACCCUCUGGGGUCUUCCUUGUGCCCACCCCAGCCACCUUCCCAGGAAUAGCCAAGUUUGUCCUCAUCUGGCGACCUGAAAUGUCUGAUAUCAUUAUUGCUGCACCGCAUGGCCCGUGUGUUUCCACAAAAGCCUCACAUGCAGGUGGCGAAGUGGACUUCAAAAAGCUAGUGCUGAGCUAUGUGGGACUCUUGGCAUCUAUGGAAGAUUUGGGUGUACAUAGCUGUGCCCUGUCCAGCUGUGGAGAGCUCCUCCUGUUUAUGCAAACGGGCACAGUAGAGGGAGUCCAACCUAACGGUGUGUGGCGACCUGUCUUUGACUUUGCAGGAAGCAUUUUGUCUUCAGGGGAACAGGUCCAGCUAAAGGUAUUUGGGGACAUCCUGGCUUGCUUGCUGAAGGAGACUCUUUAUCUUGUAGAUUUGAACAGUAGAGAGCUGAUAGAAAAAAAAGUCCUGAGCACUGAAGGAGUGCAUUUUUUGGACUCUCCUGCUAUAGAAGAAGAAAUCCAGCUCCUUGCUCAGAAUGGCAUUUACGCUCUUGACUUCUCAGACACUGUUCAAGGCUGCCAGCCUGAACCCAACCUGGUGCAGAUGGUGUUUGAAGAAGCCUGCAAAUACUAUCAAAGACGGAGUCUCAGUAGCUCCCAACUCACUGUGGAGAAACUGAAGAAGGGGGGCAUGUUUCAGGCUCCUGUUGCACUGUCUUCCAUCUUGUGCCAUAGUCUCAAUCCCAAAGGAAAAAAGCUCAGGGCCCUCCCAGAACCUUAUACCAAGCUACUGGGCACACUGCAGUUAGAACUGCAGAACUAUCAGAACCUGGAGUUCCUCAAGUCAUGUGUGGUUCAGGCCUCAGAAAGUGAGGUAGAGAGCUAUGGUGACGCACUGGUGGAGCAAGAACUUAGCCGCCUUCUACACUUGGACUUGAACAGAGAGAACUUGGCAUACCUGAAUGUCAUAUUUACUGCCUUCUCUGGGGCUUUCUGGAAAGCUAUCCAGAAUCAUCUCCAGCUACAAGAGAAUGGAGAUGGUGUUCUGGUAGCCAGAGCCACUCCAGAUAUAUGGAAAAAAAUUCUGGGGGGAGCUGCUCCUAGCCCAAGCAAGCAAGAAGAAGGCCCUCCAAAUGGAGUAUUCCCCUUCUUUGAACUUGUCUGUCUUUCUCUUCUCCAGUUCAAGCCUAAAUGGUUGCCUCACUUUGUGGAACUAUCCCAACAAUAUUUGGGUGUCUCAUGGACUUAUAAAAGCAAGGAGGGCCCUGAGGGUGGUGUGCCCCUCUACAAGAGAGCACUGGCUGUACUGCCAAGGUGUCCUAGAUGUCCAGAAGCAGAUGGAGAAAUGGAAAUUGAGCUCCUGCUCUGUAGCCAGCGGCCCAAAGCAAUCCUCCAGGCUAUAGAUCUCCUUAUCCAACAUGGAAGAUGGCAGCAUGUGAUGGAGACAGCAGAGAAAUUCUCCUUGCUGAGCCCUUUGCUGAACAAAGAGAUUUUUAUUAACCUCCUGGGGGAGUUUUCCCAGCACCGGGCACUGGACCCUUACUUGGAUAAAUUGUGGAAGCUCUGCCCUGCAGAUAUGAAUGCUUCUGAUGUCCUGAGCAUUAUUCAGCAAAACCUAGCAUCAGAACUCAACCCAUUUCCUUUUGCACAAGAUGGGUCAUCCAAGCUUACUAUUGCCCUGCUCAAACCACUGUUGUACAGACUGGCACAAAGUCAGACAUCCCAGAAUGAAAUUUUUGGACAUGUCUUACAGGGCCCAUCCUUUCCCCCACCAACACCACCCAGGCACCAGCAGUCUCUUCCAAAAGCAGAUUCCCAGGAAGAUCUAACCUUCUUUCAGAACCAAACAUAAUUUUCAUUGUAUGAGGUGAUGUGAAAAGGCAAAAUGGUAUUUUUAAAAUGGUUCUGGUAGAAUCAGGAGCUGUAGUCUUUAUAUUCCAAGCUCACCCAGCUAAAUUGGGAGGUUAAAUCACAGAAUCAUGUAUUGCCAAUGAGUUUAUUUGAAAGAGUGCAGAGCUUCUAGGAAGGAUUGAAAGCUUUUUGUAUCUUUAAACUGGGGUAAAUAAAGGCAUCUCUUCCCUAACCUUUCAGAUGUGUUGGGAUUAUAAUUCUCAAAAUAAGAAUUCUGGAUUAUAUUUCUAGUACAUCUGGAGAGCAUCAAACUGGGGACAGCUACAUAUAGGAAUGACACAAUUAUUUUUACUGGGACUGCUUGAAAUACUACUACUGAUGAACUGUCCUUUCAUGAAUAAUAAUAUGGGACCGGUUGACAGUUUGAUAUGCCAUUCUGCAUUCAUCAGCUGUAUUUGUAUAUGAGUUUUGCUGAGGAGUAGCAUUGUGGUGUGCUCAGAAUUAGUCUUCCUCCAAUGCACAUUGGAUUGGGGGCUGAUGAAUAUUGUAGUCUGAGGCAUCUGAAGAACAUUAGGUUGGAGAAGGCUUCUCUAGAUUUAUUUCUUAAGGGGGGGGAGAGGAGGUUCUUGAUAAUAUGGCUAACGAGUUUCAUUUACCAGCCUUACUUCCUCCUGAAACUAAUGCUUUUGAAACUCCCUCAAUACAAUCAUUAUCAGCUGCUGCUUCUCUGAAAAAUCAGUCUCCAGAUGUAUCACAGAUUUAAGCAAGCAAUAUUUAUCUACAGCAGGGGAAGCCCCAGCUGUUUCUACUACAUUUAUCUAUACAUAUCUUUGUACCCUAUAGUGGCCUUUAUCUUUUGCUUUUUAGAAAAGUGGAGGAGAUUCACUACAAUAGUUUAUACCCUACUUCUUUGUAAGAAAGUAUAAUUCUCCCUAAUGCUACAUCUCUUAAAUCUAAGCAAAUGUU